AAUACUGUAAUUUUCAAUUAUUUUCCAUUCUUUUAUUUUACACCCUACUCACAAGCAUCAUGGUUUUUAAACAGUAGUAAUAAGAGCAUAAAUAACAGUUAAGUAUGUAUUUACGCAAAUCUUCGCUAUGCUGACAUGUUUAUAUUAUAUUUUGUAGCUUAUUAAAAUCAUUUAUUCUAGAUGGUGAAAGUACGGACGUUUUCACUUUCUUCUUAAAUUUUAAAAGUAUUUUCCAAAUCUUGACAAUGAUUAUAUGGUACGUUUCCAAAAGGAAACCAAAGGAGGCACCAUCAAAGCUGCUUCAGGAUUCAAUGCCACUGAAGAUGCCCAAACCCUGAGGAAAGCCAUGAAAGGGAUGGGUACCGAUGAAGAUGCCAUUAUCAGCGUGCUCGCCUACCGCAGCACGGCCCAGCGCCAGGAAAUCAGGACGGCCUACAAAACCACCAUCGGCAGGGACCUGAUGGAUGACUUGAAGUCGGAAUUGAGUGGCAAAUUUGAGCGGGUCAUCCUGGGGAUGAUGACGCCCACUGUGCUGUAUGACGUGGAGGAGCUGCGAAGGGCCAUGAAGGGAGCUGGCACAGAUGAGGGCUGCCUGAUUGAGAUCCUGGCCUCCCGGACGCCUGAGGAGAUCCGGCGCAUAAACCAGACCUACCAGCUGCAGUACGGGAGGAGCCUUGAAGAUGACAUUCGCUCUGAUACAUCCUUCAUGUUCCAGCGGGUCCUGGUGUCUCUGUCCGCUGGUGGCAGGGAUGAAAGCAAUUACCUGGACGAUGGGCUCAUGAGACAGGAUGCCCAGGACCUGUAUGAGGCUGGAGAGAAGAAGUGGGGGACAGAUGAGGUGAAAUUUCUAACUGUUCUCUGUUCCCGGAAUCGAAAUCAUCUGUUGCAUGUGUUUGAUGAAUACAAAAGGAUAUCACAGAAGGAUAUUGAACAGAGUAUUAAAUCUGAAACAUCUGGAAGCUUUGAAGAUGCCCUGCUGGCCAUAGUAAAGUGCAUGAGGAACAAAUCUGCAUAUUUUGCUGAACGGCUUUAUAAAUCUAUGAAGGGUUUGGGCACCGAUGAUGACACUCUUAUCAGAGUGAUGGUUUCUCGGGCAGAGAUUGAUAUGUUGGACAUCCGGGCACACUUCAAGAGGCUCUAUGGAAAGUCUCUGUACUCCUUCAUCAAGGGUGACACAUCUGGAGACUACAGGAAGGUCCUGCUUAUUCUCUGUGGAGGAGAUGAUUAAAAUGAAAUCCUGGGAAGAUAAGAGGAUUCCCAAAACCUUGAUAUUUUUUAACUUCAUUUUUCUACACUGCUAUUAGCAUUAUCUCAGAAUGCUUAUUUCCAAAUUAAAACGCCUACAGAUGCCUCCUAGAAUAUAGACUGUGUUAUUAUUCAUCUAUAAUUAUAACUCAUGAUGCUUUAAAGCAGUACUUGCGUUUCAAAGCUUAUAAAACCUAAAAGGAGAUUUAAAAUUAGAAAUAAUAAUAAUGUACUUCGUGUUUUUAACAGAUCUCUUCUUCAUUUGUGUUUCACAGAAAUUGGAAUAUGUUAAAUUAUUUCAUAUUUUCUUUUUGGUGAAAAUCUAUUAAAGUGGAAGAUUGGAAAACUGUUCUAAAAUCAUUUUUCUUACCUAAUUCUAUUUUUUAAGUGGCUAGUAAUUUCUUGGUUUAAAAUUAUGAGCUUCUAGUUAAUGAGAAUAUCUGUCCAAUUUGCUGUUUCACAUAGUCAUAGUUUGAAAGCAUCCACAAAUGUCCUUUGUUUAGGUUUUGUUGAUAGCAUUAGUUGAUCUUUACUAGGUUUGAUGUGAGAUACUUCCUAUCACAUCUUCUGUUAAAAUCACUUACUCUCUCCAAGUUGAAGUAUACCAAAAUCACCAAGUUGUCUGAAUAAAUUAAAUUCUAACUGUGGUUAUACAGAUCAUAUGUCUGGUUACCAAACAUAAAUGCUGAACAUUCCACAAUAUUAUGGUUAAUGUCUUAAUCCAGCUUGAAGAUGAAUGUAAUGCUCUGAAUUUUACUUAAUUUUUUUUGUGCUAAAAAUAAUUUUUUAAGUCAUUUUGGAUUUUGUUGAUUUGUAAUAGCUUACAUUUGCACUUUGCCUUUCAACUCUAGAAUUAUUCUGAAGUGUAUUUGAAUUUAAUACAAAAGUUCAGUUUGUAUACAUCAUGGAAAAAUAAUUUUAAUAAAACAUGGUGUCUUUAAGAUGAGGUAUAUUCUUUAUCUGACUUUAUCACUUUUGAGGUUUUUUUCAUCCUGAACCCAGAAAGGUAUUUUUGAAGGACUGUGUUACUCAGUUUAUUAAGAACUGCAUUAAGAAAUAAACAACAUAUUUAGUCUUA